AAAAGAAUUAUAUAUAACAUUNAAUCAAAUCGCGUAAUUUUCAUUCGACAUUCAAAGCCGGCGCCGGUAACCAUCUCGCGGAGAGUGAACCAUCGGAUUUCUUAGUUACUCGAAAAUUUUACCCAGGUUUUAUGUCUUUAAUAUUCGCUUACCGUUCGGACAAGAAUCCUGUUCUGAAUAUUACUAUACGAUCGUGCUGCUAUUUUCUUCAUCUCUCCUGUUCAAAGCGAGAUUUGUUUCGAACGAGUUAAAUGUUCUGAACUCCGUGUGAUUUGCUUUGGAGCUUUGGAGCUUAUGAACAAUGGGUUGAAUGCAGUUCAGAUUCGAACCAGUUCCUCUGAUUGGAAUGUCCUUGUUUCCCCAUUGGCUUUUGGAAUGUAAUUUUUCGACUCAACUAUUUAUUUAAAAAUUCAGAUGGAGCACGGUAAAGGUCACGUUAACUUUUCUAAUCUCCUUUAUUUCUCCUCUUGCCUAUUACAACUGAAAUUAAUGCCAUCAUAGUUGAUUCGAGGAUGUGUGUACAUGUUUUUUGUUAUUUUGUUCCUUGUUAUCCACUUGCCUCAUAGUGCGUAUGUUGUUACCAUCUCACAGGAUUAGCUAUAGUGCUUAUGGGUGUCAGCGGUUCUGGAAAAACAACAAUAGGAGGAAUGUUGGCAAAAGUGCUAAAAGGGUGUUUCCUGGAUGCCGAUGAUUUCCACCCACAGUCGAAUAAAGAUAAGAUGAGGGCUGGUAUCCCUCUAUCAGACGAGGACCGAAUUCCCUGGCUUGAAACUCUGCGUGAUGCCCUAAAAGCAAGCUUAGCAAAAGGCAAAAUCGUGAUUCUUGGAUGCUCCGCAUUGCAAAAGCAUUACAGAGAAAUACUCAGAUGUGGAGAUUCAGAUUAUUCUCCGGGCUCGUACUCAUCUGAUGCAGUGAAAUUUGUUUUGUUGAAUGUUGGGCCUGAGGUGCUUGCGGCCCGUUUGAAAAAACGAGCAGCGCAGGGAAAUCAUUUCAUGCCACCUGGACUCUUGCAGUCUCAAUUAGAUUUAUUACAUAUUGAUGAAUCCGAGGGUAUACUCAGAGUUGAUGCCUCGUUUGAUCCUCACGAAACUCUUAAAUCCGUGCAAGAGUUGAUCUCUUCCCAUUCAUCCUUCCCCCGGAUAAAUUUUUGAAAGGUAAUGUUGUUUCUUGUGAAGAACUUGCAUGUUUUGUGGAGUUCAUGCAUAAAUGAAAGAAGUCUUUGUGUUUGGAGUUGAUGUAUCACAUGAGUAACCAAUGUGUGUACAAGGCCCAAGUUCUAAAAUCUGACCAAAAAACUCGUAAUUUAAUAGUUAACUGAAUGUGAUGAAUAGUGUGGUCGUACAAUUCAUAAUUUAUUAAUAA